AAACAAUUUCACUACUGCUACAGCUAAUUUGUGUAGAUAUGUCCAAAACAGCUUGCAAAAAUGGCGUAGCGUGACAAUCCCCUACCCUCAAAUAUGGCAGAGACGAAGCCAACGACUCAAAAUCAGCUGCCGAGUGGGAGCCACAGUAAUAUUCCGGUGAGCGAGGUUUAUUGGGCUCUGGUGGCCAAGGCCGACAGGAAAUUCGCCAAGAUUCGAGAUUUGCCCUACUAUCAACGCACUAGAUAUGAUACAUAUUUCUACAAAGUCUUUAAGGUCUAUACCCAGUUAUGGAAGUUUCAACAAGAGAAUCGGCAUAAGUUGGUGGAGUCUGGGCUGAAGAGAUGGGAGAUUGGGGAGAUUGCCUCCCGAAUUGGGCAGCUUUAUUUUGGACAGUACAUGAGGACUGGUGAGGCCAGUUAUUUAUCAGAAUCUUACGUAUUUUACGAAGCAAUCUUGACGAGGGAGUAUUUCAAGGAUGGACUGCAUCAGGAUGUCAAACUUGCCAGCAAGCAAUUGAGGUUCCUUGCUCGGUUUCUGACAGUUUGUCUGGUGUUGAAUCGUCGAGAAAUGGUUUAUCAGCUGGUGAAUCAGCUUAAAAUGAUGCUCGACGAGUGCAAAAGAACUUUCCAGGAAAUGGACUUUAAAGAGUGGAAGCUCGUGAUACAGGAGAUAGUUAAAUUCCUGAAAGCUGACACAGCUUUUAUGAAUAUCAGGCCUUUGAGGUAUAGUAUCGUGUUGGAUCUUCACCCAGAUGCGUUCCCCCAUGUUGUGGAUGCAAAGAGGAAACUAAGACUGAGAGAUGCUUUGUUGUGCAGCUACCAUCCUAACGAGGUCAAAUUUUCAGAGCUCACACUUGACACAUUUAGGAUGCUACAAAGUUUAGAAUGGGAACCCAGUGGUUCAUUUUACCCGGGAAUUAUUGCUACCUCAAGUGGAACAGGAUCUGGUGCCAGUCAAAAUGGGGUUUCAGGGCCUAGUCGUGUCAAUCAGGACAUAACUGAUCCUAUUUUGCCACCAAACCCACGGAAAGCCAUCUUAUUCCGCCCAUCUGUCACUCAUUUCAUGGCAGUCUUAGGCACGGUUUGCGAGGAGCUUCCUCCUGAUGGAAUACUCUUGAUAUAUGUUUCAACAUCAGGAAACAGCUCACGUGCUACAUCAUCUCCGUCUCGUGCUGGGAGUUCUGUUUACACAGAAAACAUAGUAAGGGGCUUUCAGUUUCACUCCAGCAACACUGACUCUAGCUCAGUUAAUUGUUAUAGUGAUUCAGUAGAUCGUGCUGGUGAUACGGCUGAUUGCUUACAUCUUGGACCUCGUGGACAUGGAGGCACGAACUGCAUAUAUCCUUCUGAUUUACUGCCCUUCACUAGAAGGCCCCUGUUUGUAAUCAUUGACAGUGAAAAUAGUAAAGCCUUCAAGGCUAUGAGUGGAGCAGAAAAAGGAGAGCCGGUUGCCGUUCUACUAUCCCCAGCCACAUCAUUACCUUUGCCAGCUGUAGAAUCCUAUCGUCAAUCUAAUGGAAGCUUGUUCACGAGUUUUCUGACAGCUCCUUUGCAGUCCUUUGUUCUUUUACUUGGGUUUUCUGGCUCUGACAUAGAAAAUGACCUGUACAGUGGAGCUGAUAAGCUGCUCCAGUCCUCAUUAAGUAAACUUGGGUCGUUAUUGGCUACUGCAGUUAAUCUCGAUCCUGUGUGGGCCCAAAUUCUAGGUGAUCCAUUCUUGAGACGACUCCUUUUAAGAUUUGUAUUUACUCGGGCAGUGUUAUCUCUUUUCGCCCCAUCUUUCAACAAGCCGGAAUUUCUACCCGAAUGCAUGCCUUGUCUUCCGGAAGUCGUGUCACCCAUUAGCCCCACUUGCCAAGAACUCGUCUUGCAAUUAGCCGACUUGUUUGGAGCAAAAAGCAAGUUCCUACCAUCAGAAGAAACAAUGCCCAGUUAUGUUUGAAACGCAUUUUUUCAAGUAGUUUCAUUUUCAUACUCCUUGGGUUUAUUCUGACAAUAACAUACAAGAUGUAAAUUACACUUUUCGUUGUUUGAACGCUGUGAUUGGUGUUUCUGCUUGUUAGCUACGCCUCCACAUUCCGCAUGAUGGUAAUAUCGGGUAACAUUAGUUGGAUUUAUCUUUGUGGACCUUAAAAUUCAUAUGUUACUUUCUUCUCAUAUUAUUUGCAGAUCGUGAAAUAGUGUGACACGAGAUACCUGGCUACGUAUGUUAUUGGACAUAUUUAUAGUCGAUACACCUGAGGAUUGUUGUAUUGAUGUAUUCUUUAAUUUAGCUCCAUGAACUUUGUUCAAGUUAUUUAUAUGCAUGAAAUCA